UUAUGUAUCCUCCACUAAAUAAUUUAAUAAAUGGAAAAAUUAUUACAAAUGGAAGGACAAACAAUAAUAAUUUAAUUUCAACAAAAUAUUUUUUAUGUUUAAUUUCUUUAACUUUUAUUUUUUGUGUUUAUUUUUUGAUACAAAUGUGGCCAAAUAACAAUUAUGAUAAUUACAAAAUUCUUUUUAAUAAAAAAUUAAUUAAUUCAAAUUUACCUUUUGAAAGAAAAGUAUUAAAAGAAUGUAUUGAAAAUGAUAAUAAUAGAAACGAUACAAAAUGGCCUACACUAUGUUGUGGGGAGGAAAUGGCAUAUUCAUUUAUUAUUCAAACAAACGACAAAUUAACUAAGACUAUGGUUAGCGGCGAAAGAUUUGAUUGUAAACAUUUGCAAUUAAUUGAUAAAUAUAAACUUACUGACAAAUACAAAAUUAAACAAGAAAUACCUUUGAAAAGGCCAGGAAGUAAAGGUUUUACGUUCGUUACUGCCUCGGAUAUCCCAUACUAUAAUCCAAUGAAAAAACUUUUAUAUAAUUUGAAAAAACAAUUUGGUUGUUCUCAAAAAAUUAUUGGUUAUGAUCUUGGGGGUGUCAGUGAAGAUAAAAACAAGAUGGAAGAAUUAAAUGCAGUUUGUGGACUAGAAUGGCGAAAAUUUAAUUGGAGCAUUAUGCCUGCGGAUCUUCGUUUUCCGCGUGUUUAUGCAUGGAAAUUUUAUAUUUUAGCAGAAAUAUAUACAGAAUAUGAUACUUUUACAUGGAUGGAUUCUGCUAUAGUACUCGAUGAUGGAAAUUCGUUGAACACAAUUUUUGAUGGCAUGGAAAAUUCGACAAUAUCUAAAGUUGUUUUCCCUGGGAGCGCAGAUCCUUCCCAUAGUGUACAAUUUGCAACAAACAUAAGGAUGUAUACGUUCAUCCCUUUGGUUUCAAACUUGAUUAAAAUUGAAAAUAAAUGGGAUGAAAGAAUGAUCGCCUCUGGUUUCAAUAUAAUGCAUAAAAGCGAGUAUACAAGACAACUGCUAAAAUGGGCUCUUCUUUGUGCAGCAACUAAACAAUGUAUUAAUCCUGAAGGUUCAAAACUAGGAUGUCCUAAAGCUUCUUCCAUUCCAUCAUGUCAUAGAUUUGAUCAAAGCCUUUAUGCUCUUCUUACUAUUAAUGGCGAGUAUCAACGUUAUGUUUUAGAUAAUGGUAGACAAUUUAUAAUACAUAUAUAG